CGCCCAUCCCAUCACCACCACGAGGCAACAACAAAGAAGACAGGACAACCAAACGAAACCACGUGCGACGAUGGACGACCACCAAGCUUCAGCGCACGAGCACAAGCACACGCAGGCGGAGGAGACGCCCGUGCUCGUUGUGAACUGGACUCGGGUGCAGGAGCGGGUGUUGGUGCAGGAGGAGGACGACGACAAGAAGCACAGCAGGGGCAAUGGCGGCGUGGACGUGGACGCACUUCGCAGUGCGCUACUGGCGCGGUUUCCAACCCAUGACGCUGUGUGCGAGGCAUUGUUUGAGGCGGAAGCAGCCAUGCACGCCACCGCCGCAACGGCCGAUGACUGCAUUGAACAGCUCAAGGCCAUGUCCAACACCGCAAAGGACACCAUUCUGCAAGAGCCUUAUCCUCCACUGCCCGGUAAUAGCUCGGUCGAGGAAGCAUGGGCUCUCGUUGACAAGCCGUCGUCAUGGGAGUCAGUGGGUAUGGUGCGGGCGAUGAUCCUGGAUUGCAAUCGCCCCAUCACAUGGAAACUGCGCAUGGCAGUGGAGGUGGAGAACAUCGCCAUCAAACAAGAAAUGCUGAACACGGCGGAGCGGCUUGCAGCCAUCACACAGCCCUCCACUCAUGCGCAAGAAGAUCGAGAUGAUACCGACGUCAUCUUUCCUGGGCCAGGUCAAGAUAUGAACGUCUUGGACCGCAUCAUUGCCAUGUGUCUGUCUCGCAUGCCACCAGUCGACGACCGCCCAGCAGAUGCCCACUUCCAGGAGCUGAUGGAAUGGCACAUGAGUGCGCGAGAGGCGUGGCUGGAAGAGUUUGGUGCACUCCCCGCCAGCGUGCUGUGGGACGGCGGCUUCUCAGAUGACCAACAAUCACAGCGAUCACAGCAAUUACAGCAGCAACAACAACAACUGCAACCCCGGAGGGACGUGGCAAGCACACGUCUCGACGACCACACCUACGACGACGACGAUGAUGAUGAUGAUGAUGAUGAUGAUGAUGAUGAUGAUGCUGGAGCUGGCCGUGGUCGUGGCGCAGUGGCCGGACAUGCACCCUUCUCCUUGCCGGGCGACUCGUUUGCGGCCAUGUUUGGAGAGUCUAGAGGCGGCAUCCACCCCGCCCUCGCCCCAAUCGCAGGGCUGCUGCCUCAGCUCGGUGACGACAGCAACAGCAACAAGGACAGCAGCAUGUACGACGAUGACGAUGCGUUUGGACUUGGUCUCUUCAGCCUAAAGCCGAUGAUGGCCAUGCUUGAUGAAGAGCACGAGGAAGAUGCAUACACCAGCAACCCCGACGACCACACACGCAAGCAUGCACACAGGCGACAGAAGCGCCGUGCAGGCCAGCGCAUGCACGGCGGUGUCAGCACCCAUGACAAGCGAGAUGCUGGCGAUAGCGACGACGACGCUGAUGACGACGACGAUUGGCUUCCGUUCCAUGACGAGGUGGGGGAUGAGGAUGAAGAUUAUUUUGGCGACGACCACGACGACUAUGCUGCAGGAGAUGAUGAUGAUGGAAUGAUGGGGUACCAUGCGGAUGAUAACGACGGCGAUGAUGAUGACAGCAGUGAUUACGAUGGGGAUGACGAAGGCGAUGAUGACAUUCUCAUUGGUGGCCCCACUGACGUGGUCGACAGCCAGUUUUUCGAUGCAGCGCCACCAUCACCCAGCACACACAAGCAUCAACCACAACACAAGCAACCACAUCACCAACAACACCGGCAGCAACAACAACUGGGUGAAACCGUGCCCGUGUCGAAAGCGAAUGAAGGCGACAUCGCUGCUCACGUGGUGAGCAUCGCUGACCCAUCGCACAACAAGCAACACCGGACAAGUACCAACCAACACACCCACAAGAACACCAGCAGCAAGGCAAAGGAGGAGGAGGAGAAGAAGAAGAAGAAGAAGAGGAAAGUUCUCAUCUCUUAGUUCGAGCACAGCCAUGCAGCCAUGCAGCCAUGCAGCCAUGCAGCCAUGCAGCCACGCAGCGAAUUCGAGUUUGAUGCCCACCGCGUGUUCGCUGUACGCACGCAUGCACUUGUUUGUUUCUGUGCCGUCUGUCCAUCCCACCACCCACCCACAUUCGCAAUCUGCAUCAUGUUCAAACCUCUUCCAGAACUCCAGGCCACAUGUACCAUUACGCAGAUUAUGUUGUAUUAAAGCCGGCGCAUCUGGGCGCGUAAACG